AUGAUCUGGAUAGAGAGUGAGAUGAUGAAUACAGAGAAACUGGACUUGGAGCUGAUGAGGUCUGACAUCCUGAAACAAAGAGACAUAUUGGAACAAGUGAUACAAGAUAUGAAAGGGGAAAGCUUCAAAUUGGAAAUCACAAAGGCUGAGUUACAAAAGAAGAAAGAAGUAGGAGACAGUCAGCUUGAUGAGGUAAACAGAGAGAAAGGAAACAUUAAAGACUUGAACCUUCAACUUAAGUCAGAAAGAGACAAACUUCAGGAGGACAUAAACAUGAUUAUCUUCAAACAAAAAGAGCAAGAACUGAAGGAAGAGGAGUUCAAAAGACAAGCACAAGAGCUGGAAACCAGUAAGAACAGAGUCCUGGCUGAAAGAGAUGAACUGGAACUUUGGAGGAAGGAUCUCCAUAACAAGAAAGAAGAGGUUGAAGCUGCCACGAACACCAUCAGUGGAGAGAGAGAACAGCUGAGUCAGAUGAAGAGUAGUAUUGACAUGGACAGACACAGCAAGACAGAGAUGAUCUGGAUAGAGAGUGAGAUGAUGAAUACAGAGAAACUGGACUUGGAGCUGAUGAGGUCUGACAUCCUGAAACAAAGAGACAUAUUGGAACAAGUGAUACAAGAUAUGAAAGGGGAAAGCUUCAAAUUGGAAAUCACAAAGGCUGAGUUACAAAAGAAGAAAGAAGUAGGAGACAGUCAGCUUGAUGAGGUAAACAGAGAGAAAGGAAACAUUAAAGACUUGAACCUUCAACUUAAGUCAGAAAGAGACAAACUUCAGGAGGACAUAAACAUGAUUAUCUUCAAACAAAAAGAGCAAGAACUGAAGGAAGAGGAGUUCAAAAGACAAGCACAAGAGCUGGAAACCAGUAAGAACAGAGUCCUGGCUGAAAGAGAUGAACUGGAACUUUGGAGGAAGGAUCUCCAUAACAAGAAAGAAGAGGUUGAAGCUGCCACGAACACCAUCAGUGGAGAGAGAGAACAACUGAGUCAGAUGAAGAGUAGUAUUGACAUGGACAGACACAGGUUGGACACUGAAAAGGACAGAAUGGAAGAAAUAAGGUCUGAACUGAAAAUCAGAGAAGAUCAACUCGUGAAUGAAAUUAAAUCAAUUGAAACUCUGAGAGAAAAACUUCAAGAACUGAGUAAAAGGAUGGGUGAAGACAUGAAGAAGAAGAUGGAAAGAUUACAACAAAACAAUGAAGAUGUGGUAAUGCUGUACUCUUUAUUGGAAGAAAAGCUUGCAGCUCAAUAUACACAGAGAGAAAACAUGGCUUGUUACACUGAGCUGAUAACGAGAGAAAAGGAACGUCUGAUAAGUAUACUAUCAGACAUGGACAUCCAGAGAGAAGACAUGGAAAACCAAUGGAAGCAGAAGUUUGAUUUGGACAAACAACAUGUUAAAAAACUGAAGACAGAACUGAAGCAAGACAGAGAUGAUCUGGAUAGAGAGAGUGAGAUGAUGAAUACAGAGAAACUGGACUUGGAGCUGAUGAGAUCUGACAUCCUGAAACAAAGAGACAUAUUGGAACAAGUGAUACAAGAUAUGAAAGGGGAAAGCUUCAAAUUGGAAAUCACAAAGGCUGAGUUACAAAAGAAGAAAGAAGUAGGAGACAGUCAGCUUGAUGAGGUAAACAGAGAGAAAGGAAACAUUAAAGACUUGAAUCUUCAACUUCAGUCAGAAAGAGACAAACUUCAGGAGGACAUAAACAUGAUUAUCUUCAAACAAAAAGAGCAAGAACUGAAGGAAGAGGAGUUCAAAAGACAAGCACAAGAGCUGGAAACCAGUAAGAACAGAGUCCUGGCUGAAAGAGAUGAACUGGAACUUUGGAGGAAGGAUCUCCAUAACAAGAAAGAAGAGGUUGAAGCUGCCACGAACACCAUCAGUGGAGAGAGAGAACAGCUGAGUCAGAUGAAGAGUAGUAUUGACAUGGACAGACACAGGUUGGACACUGAAAAGGACAGAAUGGAAGAAAUAAGGUCUGAACUGAAAAUGAGAGAAGAUCAACUCGUGAAUGAAAUUAAAUCAAUUGAAACUCUGAGAGAAAAACUUCAAGAACUGAGUAAAAGGAUGGGUGAAGACAUGAAGAAGAAGAUGGAAAGAUUACAACAAAACAAUGAAGAUGUGGUAUUGCUGUACUCUGUAUUGGAAGAAAAGCUUGCAGCUCAAUAUACACAGAGAGAAAACAUGGCUUGUUACACUGAGCUGAUAACGAGAGAAAAGGAACGUCUGAUAAGUAUACUAUCAGACAUGGACAUCCAGAGAGAAGACAUGGAAAACCAAUGGAAGCAGAAGUUUGAUUUGGACAAACAACAUGUUAAAAAACUGAAGACAGAACUGAAGCAAGACAGAGAUGAUCUGGAUAGAAGUGAGAUGAUGAAUACAGAGAAACUGGACUUGGAGCUGAUGAGGUCUGACAUCCUGAAACAAAGAGACAUAUUGGAACAAGUGAUACAAGAUAUGAAAGGGGAAAGCUUCAAAUUGGAAAUCACAAAGGCUGAGUUACAAAAGAAGAAAGAAGUAGGAGACAGUCAGCUUGAUGAGGUAAACAGAGAGAAAGGAAACAUUAAAGACUUGAAUCUUCAACUUCAGUCAGAAAGAGACAAACUUCAGGACGACAUAAACAUGAUUAUCUUCAAACAAAAAGAGCAAGAACUGAAGGAAGAGGAGUUCAAAAGACAAGCACAAGAGCUGGAAACCAGUAAGAACAGAGUCCUGGCUGAAAGAGAUGAACUGGAACUUUGGAGGAAGGAUCUCCAAAACAAGAAAGAAGAGGUUGAAGCUGCCACGAACACCAUCAGUGGAGAGAGAGAACAGCUGAGUCAGAUGAAGAGUAGUAUUGACAUGGACAGACACAGGUUGGACACUGAAAAGGACAGAAUGGAAGAAAUAAGGUCUGAACUGAAAAUGAGAGAAGAUCAACUCGUGAAUGAAAUUAAAUCAAUUGAAACUCUGAGAGAAAAACUUCAAGAACUGAGUAAAAGGAUGGGUGAAGACAUGAAGAAGAAGAUGGAAAGAUUACAACAAAACAAUGAAGAUGUUGUAACGCUGUACUCUGUAUUGGAAGAAAAGCUUGCAGCUCAAUAUACACAGAGAGAAAACAUGGCUUGUUACACUGAGCUGAUAAUGAGAGAAAAGGAACGUCUGAUAAGUAUACUAUCAGACAUGGACAUCCAGAGAGAAGACAUGGAAAACCAAUGGAAGCAGAAGUUUGAUUUGGACAAACAACAUGUUAAAAAACUGAAGACAGAACUGAAGCAAGACAGAGAUGAUCUGGAUAGAGAGUGA